UUUAUGGCGCCCGCCCGGUCGGAACGACAGUUAAACAGUAUUUAGUACAAGAUUUGUUGUCUCCUGCGUCUCCAGUUUUACUGUCAGCACUAUUCAAGCGUGACCUAGCCUGCUACACUAAAAGACUAUAAGUAAUAGAAACACGUAGAUGCCGCUUGACAUGUGAAAAUUUGCCAAACUCAGAGUGUGUUGUGAACCGUCAUUUCCAGCUUUUGAGUAUGGCAACAGCGGCGCAGGAACACGCAAGAAAGUGUGCAGUGUGUACUAGUGACUUCACCACACCAAAGAUUUUACCCUGUGGUCAUCUCUUCUGUCGAGAAUGUGUCGUUACCUGGCUGGACUCAAAAUCGGACGCCGGGUGUCCUCUGUGUACCUGUCCUAUAUCAGAGCAUCAAGGUAAUUCAUCUCAAAGUUCAGCUGAUGUUGUCGACGCCCUGCCUACAGACUCUGUGAUGGAAGCGAUAGUAGACAGUGCUUGCGUGCUGAUGAACGGUGGUAUGUGCACCGUAUGUGAUGACGUCACAGCUGAAUACAUCUGUAUGCAGUGUCUAGAAAAGAUGUGUGAAUCAUGUAUGAAGAUACACAAGAAGAUGGUAGUGAGCCGCAGUCACGAUGUGGAGAGUGUCAGCACUGUGACACCUGAACGUCUGGCUGCCAGCCGCCCUGCACUGUGUGCUGACCACGGCGACAAAGCUGAGUUGUUUUGUGCUGAUCACCAUCUUGCUAUCUGCAUAUCAUGUAGUUCUAGCAAACACAAUGAAUGCCCAGAUGUAAAAUAUCUGGAUGUGGAGAUAAAUUCAGCUGGAAAUGCGCUCGUUUUAUUGACAAAGGAACUGACUAAAGCGGAGGACAACCUGAAGCAAGAAAUAGUCAAUCUAAAUGUGCGCGUGCAAACAGCGGAUGUCACUGAACAGAGAAACAUGGCGCUGGUGGACAGGACAUGUGAACGUCUUCAGAAGAUGGUGGAAGAGUGUCAGACACAGCUGAAAAAACUAAUCAGUGAUUCCAUUUCAAAAUUCAAGAAAUCCUUGUGUGACGUCAAAAGCGAGCUGGAGAAACGUCUAGGGAAAGUGACGUCACACAAACAUCUCGUGACGCGAUCCACAACAGUCAGACCGCGUCCCGCGCUGAUACACGCAGCCCAGACUCUGACAGACAGGGUCAACAGCUUUGACCUCAGUUCCAAAUUAUAAGUAGAUCCUUGUGUCAAUCCCUCGCCAGAAAUAACCAAACACUGUGACGAUGUGGGGAAACGAAUACAGACUGAGCUCCACAGCCUGAAACUACAAUUGACUGAGGUUCAAUCACAAGUUCUUGUCUUCCACGAGAAGUGCGGGACCAACAUUCGUCUCAUGAACGGCAACACGACGGCGCGAAUUACUAACCUUGAGAACUACUGCAACGGCGUGGUCGUGUCACGUGACGCUAUGGCUGUGAACACCUUGUAUGAAGUCAGAAUAGAUGAAAUAAAUGUUUUAGACAGAAAUGCGAUUUUCCUUGGUGUGACGGAAAUCCCUCCCGGGCAGUUAACUGUGACGACGUGGUCCACAGACCCCGAAAACUCCGUUAUUAUUUGGGAGAGUGGAGUCCGCCGCAAGGGUUAUAAACUCAAAUCUAAUGUCGGUAAAGCUCUCAAUUCCAUCAAAGUCGGGAGUCGUGUUGGACUGUUGGUGGACUCAUCAAACGACCUUCACCUUUAUGUGGAUGGACAGGACCAGGGUGUUGCUGCUAAUAAUGUCGCACAUCCCUGCUUUGCCGUAUUUGAUCUCAGCUUCGCCAUUCAGGUGACAGCCCUUCCCAAAUCUACAUGGACAUAAGACAUGGAAAAAAUCAGAAGAAGACAAUACCAACAUAGUUUAUUUCAAACUGAGGACAUGAUCGACUUCAACGAUGAUUUUAUCAAUGACCUCUACAUUGUAGUGUGUUCAGUUAACCAUUGGAUGUAGGAAACAGAAUUACAAAUACAAUAUUUAUUGCUUUUUAUAUUAUCUAACCAAGAAUUAUAUUUUGAUUUAUCGAAUGUCUAAAAGGGAAGAAAGUUUGCUCCUUUUCAGGAAAAAUGUUUUUCGAUUCUUUACAUAAACCCGCACAUGCCGUAGCUUACUACACGCAGUCACAGUAAUACCAUCAGUACAUAUGAAAAAUCCGCAAACAGACAUAUUUGGUAAAGUUUAAAGAAGUCUUGAUGUGCUAAUUCCUUACCAAACGUGAUUUGUGAAGUUACAACUGUAUUGUGUUACGAAUUAAAGCUCCUAAGAAUGCCUUGAAGAGAAGGAGAGAGGAAGGGAGGAAAUCACAAAGUAAUAUUGUCUGUAGCUGAGGCAAUAUGAAGGUAAUACACUGAUAACCUAUUUUGACUAAAUUUCAAAAGCAUUAUUAUAUAAUUUUUACAUUCUUUGAAAUAGUAUUUCAAAUGCAGCAAGGU